CGGAGGGCGGAGCGACCUCCGGGGCGGGUGAAUGAGACGAGGUAACGAUCCGCACAUUCCAACGAGCCCACGUGACCAGGCCUCGCGGCCUGAGGUAAACAAGCUCUGGGCGGAGGGAGGGGGCGGGGAGCCCGCCUCCCCAGUACCUUCACACACUCCCUCUGGCCUCCGGGACUCACUCCAGCGGGGCGGGCGGCUUCCUCUGGGAGUCCUCUGACUCCUGGAGCUGCGGCAGGCGCGAAGAGGAAGGGAAAGAAGCUGAAGAAGCUGUGGCUGCAGCGGCAGCUGCUGCUGAGGCACCCGUGCCCUGCGCCCUUCAACGCGCGCUUCCCCACCCUGCCCCCCGCCCUGUGGCGCAGCAGGAAUUGGCGGGCCCUGCUUGGGCGCUAUUUGCGGCCGCUGACGAGUGGUGGGCGGCCGGCCCGGCUGGGUGGUUGGGUCAUUUCUAUUCUAGUGGCAGCGGCCCUGGAGCCCGGAGGGCGUGUCCCCCCGCCGGGGGCUCCCCGCGCCUAUAAGGGGCCGGAGCGGCCGAGGGGUGGACAUGCAGCUCUACAGCCCGGGCUUCAGCCACUACCCCUCGGGGGGACCCGCCACCGCCGCCUCGUCCCCGCCCUCCACGGCCACCGCCCCCUUCAAGGUUUCCCUACAGGCUCCGGACCCCGCCGCCGAGGCCGCCGGCGGUGACUGCCCUCCCGCCACUCCUCCGGCCGCCGAGUCCCGAGAAGCCGCCGCUGCUGGAAUGCCCGCCUUCUCGUGCUUUGAGAUGGUGCCCCCGGGGGCCGCCGCCCCUGCAGCUGCCCCCGGCGGGUCAUGCAAGCCGCCGCUGCCGCCGCCCCCGCCGCCCCCGCCACCGCACUACACGUCCACGGUGCAGAUGAGUGUGCGGUGCCUGGGUCCCGAGCGCGUUGGUGCCCGGCCGCCUGAGCCGCCGCGCCGCUGCUCGUCGUCCGCCUGGAUCCUGGAGGAGCUGCUCAAGCCGGGCUCCGAAGCCGGCCCCCGCUCGGACGGCCCCGACCGAAACUUCCGUCUGAGCGAACACCAACAGGCCCUGGCCGCUGCCAGGCCCCGUGGAGGCGUCUCGGAGUCUUCUAGCCGUAGUGCCUGGGGUGAACCACAGCCCCGCGAGGGCAGCCCCAGGCGCUGGGAGUCGGCCGCGCCCACGUCCCGGGCCCGCUCCGAGCCGGCCCCCGAGCCUCCUAGCCGCAGCAACGCAGCCCCCUCAUCCUCGCCGGCCUCCGGGGCCCCCAAGGACGAGAAGCUGGCGCUGUACCUGGCCGAGGUGGAGAAGCAGGACAAGUACCUGCGACAGAGGAGCAAGUACCGCUUCCACAUCAUUCCCGACGGCAACUGCCUGUACCGGGCCGUGAGCAAGGCGAUGUAUGGAGACCAGAGUCUGCACCCAGAGUUGCGGGAGCAAACCGUGCACUACAUCGCCGACCACCUGGACCACUUCAGCCCCCUCAUCGAGGGUGACGUGGGUGAAUUCAUCAUCGCCGCCGCCCAGGACGGGUCCUGGGCUGGGUACCCCGAAUUGCUGGCCAUGGGGCAAAUGCUCAACGUGAACAUCCAUUUAACUACGGGAGGGAGGCUGGAGAGCCCCACGGUCUCCACCAUGAUCCACUACCUGGGCCCCGAGGACUCGCUCCGGCCUAGCAUCUGGCUGAGCUGGCUCAGUAACGGGCACUACGAUGCCGUGUUUGAUCACUCGUAUCCCAACCCGGAGUAUGAUAAUUGGUGCAAGCAAACGCAGGUGCAGAGGAAACGGGAUGAAGAGUUGGCUAGGUCCAUGGCCAUCUCCCUGUCGAAAAUGUACAUCGAGCAGAACGCCUGCUCCUGAGAGGAGCAACUUGGGGGGUGAGGAGGGAAUGCUUAACUCGGUUUGCAUUUGGAAAUUUACACUAACUCUAAUCAGGGUUACAGCACUUUUUUAACUUACUAGAUUUACUGUAGGUGUGAUGCCUUAAUCAUUUUGUUGGAAUAAUUUUUUUUCUUCCAGAGCCGAAGGUUGCAGCGCACCUGAAUGAUGUUUUAAUGAUAGCCUUGAGUAGUCUUAAUGCUAUUUAUAAUUUGUUGUAUAAAGUUAACACCACUUUACUUGCAAAGCUGAUUUUCUCAUAGUGUAUAUUUGUUUAUUCCUGGUAAUCUAUUUUCUAUAAAAAUGUAUUUUUGCACAAAAUUUUUUAAAUUUGGUGUACCUCCAUUUAUGAUGUCUCAUUUUGGCAAGUGGCUUUUGGGCAUAGACCCAGAGAAGUACUUUGUAUGAAGCUUAUUUUGUACAGAGUUUGUGUUCUUUUAUGCUAUAGGAUUGGAACUUUACAUUAUUCUUUCAAAUGAAAUUGAUGUCAUUGGUGUUACCAGAUAAUUGAUCCAUUCCAUCUUGAUGAGAAUUUCUUGAUUGAAAAUCGUUGGAUUCUUUUAAAAAGAAAAAAAAAAGGAAAAGCUUGAAGAAAAAUUGUGGGGAAGGAAAUGAGGUAGAGGAAAAACUUUGUCUAAAAGGCAGAACAAUUUUGUUCUGACUGAUCCGAGUUUCUAUAUUCAUUGGUAUAGUGAUUCUGUACUUUGGUUACUUUGUUAAAGUGGCCUCUGAUUAUCUGGUGCUCUCAGUUUUAUUUAUUUUUCAUUUGUUACAAUAGGAUUUUAACAUAGGAUAAAAUAUGGUAACAAGAUAAUAGUCUUCUGCUUUUUAUAAUAAGUGUCUCUGCACCUUGGGGAUUUAAAAAUUAACAGUAUAAAUGCCCCUAACAGCAAUUAAAUUGUGGCAGGAGAAUAUUAUCUUUGUACUUUGAUCCUUUGAAAUACUUUCAAGGGUAAAAUGGAAUUGUCCUGUAUUAUUAUGUAAAGCUAUCUAAAAAGAGCUUGUAUGGUUUGCUGGGUCAAACGUUUCCAACUUAAGCUAUCUUAUUUCCAAUUUCAACUACUUUUAGUCAUAUUUAUUAAAUAAUGCAGUUUGUACUUUUUUAUUUUGUAAUAUUUUGUGAUUUUUUUGACUUUUUACUGUAUUUGUAUAAUAGGACUAUUCUCAGCUAAUGGAAUGAAUAAAUGCAUACUUUUAAUUUUACUGUC